AUGCAUGAAUCACAACUAGGAGAAAGGAAAAAAGAGUCAGAGGUCUUCCAAUCAAGAAUUGCAGAGCUUGAUGGCGAGAUGUCCGAGCUCUUAGAGAAGUACCGCGUCGCGGAGAAAACUCUCGAGGAGACUGAAAAGAGGCUCCGCGAAGAAAUAGAUGAGGUGUCUGCGGAAAAGGAUAACGAGAUUACGAACCUCAAAAGAGAAAACGAUGCCCUGGCUAAUGAGGCUGCACAGCUGAAGGGAGAUAUCGUAAACCUAGCCGAGAUCUCGACGAAGGAAAAGCGGGAAAACGAAUCCCUAGAGUCAGAUCUUGCAGACCUCAGAAGCGAUUUUGCAAAGAUCGUCGCCCAGAACGAGCACGCUAAGGCUUAUACAGCCAAUAUAGAGCAGCGGGAACGCGAGAUGGACAAACAACUCAAGGACCAGCACAGUCAAGUUGAACAGCUAAGAACCGAGAAGGCAGCGUGGACGGCGGAGCGAACCCUUCAUCUUGAUACUGAACCAUACAGGAUGGCCAAUUCCAACAGCUUCAGAAAGCUCAAAGCUCAUGGAAAGUCGAAAAGCAAAGCAUGGAUGUAA